UCACUCUUUCUUUACUCUUCUUCUUCCCCAAGAGGAAGCCAGCUCUCUCUCUCUCUCUCUCUCUCUCUCUCUCUGGUACUUUUCUUCCAUUUUCUAUCUCUUUCCUUAUCGUUUUCCUCUCACAAUGCCAAUCAACAAGGACCCAUCUCCUCCUCCUCCUAUGAUCGGGAAAAUGGGGCCCUAUACUGUCUUCAAGACCCCUCCCUCCACACCUAAACCGGCGGAGCCCCCUGUCUUUGAUUCCCCUAAAAAAGUGGUUUCUCCGCCUCCUGUCCAACCGCCUCCUCAGCAAAUAGAUAAAUCUGUUUCUACUUGGCAUUUGUCAGAUGGGUCCGUUUCUGGUUUCUUCAGAAAUGCUGUGAACAAAGUGCAAAACGCGCAUUCGAGCUUAGAUGAGCAUUUGGCACGUUGGUUUGGGUUAAAUCAGUCGAAGUAUCAGUGGGCUUUGGAUGAUUAUUAUGAGAACAAGGAAUUGGGAAAAGAUGAAGCAAAACCUAAAGAAAUAUUAAGCAAAGUACAGAGUGUGUAGCAUAUGAUUGCUGGUAUGCAGUUUUCAAAUUGCGCGAAAAUGCAUGUUGAAUCACCCUUAUAUUACCAUAUCUACAGACCUAAUAUAUGGAAUAUCAAAAGUACCUCUGGAUUGUUAAAGGGAACGGUCGUUUGGAUUUCUAGAGAUCGGCUUGCUUGCAAUUUGCUGCUACUUAUUGCAGCUGUUAAACAAGUUUGGCUGUGGUGUAUUAGGCUGUAAGUUAUGUGAUCUCUUUAUAUGUCAAAAUUUUUUGUUCAUGGACUUGAUGAGUUGCAAUCAAAUUUGAGUAAUCCAAGUUGUUGAGAUGUAUU